AUGUCUUCAAGCAAGAGAAGGAAGCUGGAGGUGCCUUCGAAGUCACCGCAGUUAAGUGCAUUUGCUGCAAGAAAAGCUCUGCAGAGCACUGAAAGCAGCCCGAGAGGUCAAAAUGGACAAAGCGAAGAUUCACAAGCCAAUGAUUCAAAUGAUAAUACUCCGUCCAUUCGGAACGACACUUUAGUCCAAGCGCAAAGUCGAGAUCUUGAUGAGAGUGUGCUUCUCAAAUCAAAACAAUCCGAAGCAACCACUAGCAAUGAGGAGAUUGAGAUUGAAACUGGACAGUCAUCUUCAAGCAUCGAAUCACGUGCUGAGUCACGAGAAGUACCUGUUGAACGCCCUGUAACUACUUUAUCCUCAUUCAGACCGAGCAAAAGUAGUUUCAAAGAGCUCGAAGGUGGAACCCUACGCAUCAAGCUUGCUCCAGGAGAGCGUUUAGUUGUCCUCGGACAGUACGAGCUGUCAGUUAGGAAAGGCCAAGUCACAUUAAUGGGAUGCAUUCUGCAAGCUUCAAAGGCUUCAUACCCGGUCUUUGCACUGUCAUCUCAUUCUUUGCCUGUUAUCCGAUGCUCAGCUACAGAAAUAGACGAUGCUGAGAUUGUUCUAUGCCAAUACAAAUCUGGCCUGGAGACGUUAGGAGCACUGUCCCCUCUGUUCGCCAAUCUGGGAAACCAGAACCUUACUUCUCUGGGUGCGCCAUUCAAGGAUCUACCUCAGAACUCCACGAUAAGCUCGUUUCAAAUUUUAUUUUCUUCUCCAGACAGUUCUCAGCGGACCUAUGUCCAACCAAUAAUCUCUGCCCCAGAAUGGAACGCGGUCUUAGCUAAAAGCUCGAUCCGUCCCGUCGACACCAAACCACCAGUUAUCAUGAUUUGCGGGCCUAAAUCAUCUGGAAAGUCAACCUUUGCAAAGCUGCUUACCAACAAGCUUCUGCUCUCACGUGCUGAUGCUUUCGAAACUGCCAUACAGGAAAAACAGACAGGCGUAGCUUUGCUAGACAUUGACCCCGGUCAGCCAGAGUACUCGCCUCCUGGACAACUGGCUCUUCUCCAUAUCCACGAACCAAACUUUGGGCCGCCAUUUGUGCAUCCUGUGCCAGGCACCAACAGUCGAAUUAUACACUCGCAUUCUAUAGCGGCACUAUCACCAUCGAUGGAUACGAAGCACUAUAUGGCAUGCGCUUGGAACCUCAUUUCUCAUUACCAGAAUCUACAAUUGACUGUACCGGGCUGUCCAUUGAUCAUAAACACUCCUGGCUGGGUCCUAGGUACUGGUCUCGAGAUCCUAGUGGAACUAGUCACAAGAGCGAAACCCAGUAGCAUCAUCUAUAUGUCCCUGGAUGGCCCGCCGGAAGUUGUUAGUAGUCUGAAAGAUGUAGCUAAGCUGACACCAAUCACGAUAGUGCCAUCUCAGCUUAGCGAGUACACGACUAGAACGGCCGCGCAUCUUAGAACGAUGCAGUACCUGUCCUAUUUCCAUCUGAACUCACCUAGUAGCGGCAUUUUAUCUUGGUUUGGACAACCUCUGACUUCUAUACCUCCUUGGGAAAUUAGCUAUUCCAGUGAAAAUGCAGGGAUUCUUGGUGUUAUGUGUUAUGGAGAACAGCCCCCGCCAGAACUACUUGUGGAUACUAUCAACGGAUCUUUGGUAGCUGUAGUCGUGAUAGAUGAUAUGGCAGCCAUCCCAGGGUGGUCGGAAACACGACAAGAUGGAACGGAGGAUCAACAUGCUGAGCCAAACAAACAGUGGUCUCCAUUGGCCGAAGAUUCCGGCAUGGGAGAGCUUGAGGAAGACUCGUUUCGGCCACGGCAGAUUCAUAGACCUCUUAUCGUAUCGACACCGAAGGAAGCCAUACCUUAUUUCAACCCAGCAAAUCCCAUUACCAUAAACCCACAAUACUCGCACAGCAUCGGCCUUGCGCUGGUUCGAGGAAUCGACGUCACUCGGCGUCGAUUACAAGUUCUUACACCUAUCUCUCCCAAUGUUAUACAAGACAUAAAUGAGGCAGGGAAGCCAAUUAUACUCGUUAGCGGAAAACUUGAUACCCCGGGCUGGGCCUACACCGAAGAGCUUUUGCUGAAGACGAAUAGAGAAAGGGCAGAUGAUGAUAAUGAUGGCAUGAUACUUGACGACGAUGACGAGGAUGAGGAUGAGGACGAGAUGAAGAUCGAAGGAACAGAUACUCAGAAGAACACAGGGUAUCAAAGCCGCCCUGGAUAUAACUUCGAGAAUGUUCCUUGGGUGGAACAACUGGAUGGGUCUGGGGGCAGGGGAAUAGGUUCCCGAGUAUGGCGAGUCAGGAGAGACUUGGGCAAACAAGGUGAUCGUGCUGAAUGA